CAGCAGACAUGACAGUCGUGACCAACACAACAGACAUGACAGUCGUGACCAACACAACAGACAUGGCAGCAGUGACCGACGCAGCAGACAUCACAGUCCUGACCAACACAACAGACAUGACAGCAGUGACCGACGCAGCAGACAUGACAGUCAUGACCAAUACAACAGACAUGGUAGCAGUGACCGACGCAGCAGACAUGACAGUCGUGACCAAUACAACAGACAUGGCAGCAGUGACCGACGCAGCAGACAUGACAGUCGUGACCAACACAACAGACAUGACAGCAGUGACCGACGCAGCAGACAUGACAGUCAUGACCGACACAACAGACAUGACAGUCGUGACCAACACAACAGACAUGACAGUCGUGACCAACACAACAGACAUGACAGUCGUGACCGACGCAGCAGACAUGACAGUCGUGACCAACACAACAGACAUGACAGUCGUGACCAACACAACAGACAUGACAGUCGUGACCAACACAACAGACAUGACAGUCGUGACCGACGCAGCAGACAUGACAGUCAUGACCAACACAACAGACAUGACAGUCGUGAACAACUCAACAGACAUGACAGUCGUGACCGACACAGCAGACAUGACAGUCGUGACCAACACAACAGACAUGACAGUCGUGACCAACACAACAGACAUGACAGUCGUGACCAACACAACAGACAUGACAGUCGUGACCAACACAACAGACAUGACAGUCGUGACCGACACAACAGACAUGACAGUCGUGACCAACACAACAGACAUGACAGUCGUGACCAACACAACAGACAUGACAGCAGUGACCGACACAGCAGACAUGACAGUCGUGACCAACACAACAGACAUGGCAGCAGUGACCGACGCAGCAGACAUGACAGUCGUGACCAACACAACAGACAUGACAGUCGUGACCAACACAACAGACAUGGCAGCAGUGACCGACGCAGCAGACAUGACAGUCGUGACCAACACAACAGACAUGGCAGCAGUGACCGACGCAGCAGACAUGACAGUCGUGACCAACACAACAGACAUGGCAGCAGUGACCGACACAGCAGACAUGACAGUCGUGACCAACACAACAGACAUGACAGUCGUGACCAACACAACAGACAUGGCAGCAGUGACCGACACAACAGACAUGACAGUCAUGACCGACACAACAGACAUGACAGUCGUGACCGACACAACAGACAUGACAGUUGUGACUGACACAAUAGACAUGACAGUCAUGACUGACACUACAGACAUGACAGUCGUGACCGACACAACAGAUAUGACAGUCAUGACUGACACAACAGACAUGACAGUCAUGACCGACACAACAGACAUGACAGCAGUGACCGACACAGCAGGCAUGACAGUCGUGACCAACACAACAGACAUGACAACAGUGACCAACGCAGCAGACAUGACAGCAGUGACCGACAAGUGAGCGAUUGGAUUCAGAAUCUGUCUAGUGAAGACCUUGAUGAUGUUCAACCCUUGAACCAAGGAGAAAACCGUCAGAGUGGAUUUCCUAUGGAUUAGGCAAAAUUCCAGAGGCGAGUCAUUCAUUUGUCACUGGAUAUGAGGACCUCUUUGCAAACUCUUACUGGCUCUACACCAAGUGACAAUGAUAUAUCAAUUCAACAGCUGGACUCUAUGGGGGAUGCAGAGGCAUUUGAAAAUGAAUUGGCAACACCCUCUUUUCGCUAAGAAAUGACAGAAAAAUUAGUCCACAUAGGUGGAAUUUCAGUGAAGGAUAUGAUAUCAAAGGUAUUGUGCAGCAUUAUGUCGAAGAAGUUGAUGUGUAAGUACAACAUGUAUGGACAACGGGGCAGAGUGGCUUUUAAAAAUACAAGAUUGUGCAGUGUCAUCACAGACUGUUAUGAAGAAAUUCAGAGAUGUGAGUUUAACAGAAAUACAGAAGAUGAUUGCAAUAAAAUUGUGUAAUGCCCCCAAAUUGAAGUAAAGUGGAAACUAAAUCAUGUAGGGUAGUGGGCAAAUAGUGAUGCUGGGUCAGGGGAUACCAUAAAAUCAGGUAACCAGACAUUUUUUAGGGUUUUGGCCUAUAAAUUCUUGUAGAACUACACUAUUUGAAACCUGUCCUUACUGUGAAAACUGUUCUAUGAUCUGUCCAACAGUGUGGUUGGACUCAGGAAAACUGUUGAUACCCACAUUUUUAUUCCAGGUACGGUGUGCAAAAAAUGUAGCAACAAGAUAUGUGUAUUCUCAAAGCAUGAACAGAAAUUUGUAUUAGUAAUUAAAAGCCACACCUGUAAUAUCAAGGCAUACUGUGUAGAACAGUCCUUAGGUUAGGGCUGAGGAGGUAAAACUAAAAUCUGAAAUCUGCCACAAAAUGGUUGUUGAUAAUGAAACUGGCUUUAUAAUGCUAUCCAAGAGCUCAGCUGGAGUCGGAGUCAAUGUAAUUUUACUGACUCCUGCCUCCUUUCACCCACUAUUGCUGUGACUUGACUGCAGGCCUGCCAUGAAUAACAGC